AAUCUCUCUCUCUCUCUCUCUCGAUCUCUCGAUACACCCAAAAGAAGCAAAAACUCUCAAUAGGAGCUAUAAAAUGAUAAAGGAACUCCCCCAUCAUUAAUGUCCACCUCUCCCCUCCCUUUCAACCCCUCUCUCCGUCUCUAUACGUAUAUACUGUCUCUCUCUGUCUCUGGAGUUUGAAUUUUUAUUUUUUAGUUGAAAAAAAAAUGGAGAAAAGUCGUCACAGAAAGUCUAGGAGUGCUUCGGGAAUUAUGGAAGGUUUAUUUCUCUUUCUCUCUCUAUUUCUCUAUUUGGUUGAUAAGAUUUUGUCAAACAAUGAAAAAUUAUGGAAGGCUUUCUUUUGGUCUGUUUGUUUUUGUUGGUGCACAGGAAGUAAACUAGUUCAAAAACAGAUUGCUAGACCAAAAGUGACUCUCAAUUCUCGUUCCUACUGUGAUGGAACCGCUAGGGGAGAUAUGACUAUGCUUGAUUUAGGAAAGGGCUCUUCCAAACGAGUAACUGGGACGCCAAUUAAGAAGUUGCUUGAUGAGGAAAUGGCAAAAGAAGGUGAAUCAAAGAGAAGGCCGCCCAGCAUUGUUGCCAGAUUGAUGGGUCUUGAAGGGAUGCCAUCUCCGCAGCAUAUUGGUAGACAACAGAGAAGGUUUUCAGACAGCUGCCAACAUAGAAAUGAACAGAUAGAUCCCAGACGGAGAAGGCAACUAUUCGACGAACAAUCAAGUAAAAGAAGCUCCAUGGAACACCAAGAAUUCAAGGAUGUAUAUGAGGAUUUGGAAGCAUCACAUGUUGCCAACCGUCGUCAUUCAUCAAGAUGGAGUGAAACAGGAAUAUUUGGGACUCCUGAUUUGGCACUUAUACAGCAGAAGUUUAUGGAUGCAAAACGUCUUUCAACUGAUGAAAGGUUUCAGAACUCAAAAGAAUUUGAUGACAUCCUUGAGGCGCUUGAAUCAAAGAAGGAAUUAUUGUUAAAGUAUCUUCAGGAACCAGAUUCCUUGUUUAUGAAACACUUGCAGGAUCUUCAAGCUGGCACUGCUAGUUCUACGUGCAGUCAGAUAGCAGUCUUAAAGCCGUCAAAAUCUGUGAAGUAUGAAGGCAGUGUCAAAUCCUGCAAAUCUAGUAGAGGCACUUCAUGUAAACACGGCAUUAACUUUCAGAAAGAGCGCCUUGAUGGUCUCUUACUCCAGUCACAGCAUUGUCAUAGUGGACAUAACUCCCAAAAGUCGUCACCAGUUGUUUCUGAAGGAAAGGAGGAAAACAUUCUACCAACAAGAAUUGUUGUUCUGAAACCAAACCUUGGGAUAACACAAACUGAUAUUACUUCCAUUCAAUAUCACCCUGACGCGAGGAAGCAUGCACAACAUCCUUGUGCUUCACCUGGGGGAGCAGGACUAGAGGAAGAGAAAAAUUCAUCAAAGAAUAUGGGGAUCGUAAGGCCCAAGUCAAAUGAAGCAAGAGAUGUUGCAAAGGAAAUUACGAGGCGGAUGCAAGACUCUUUUGGGCCUUUUGAUGGUAGGGAUGCAUAUUUUAGAGGUUCUGGUGUCAAAGGGUAUGCUGGAGAUGAAAGUUCUUGUGAUGUUUAUGAAAGUGAUUCGACCGGUGAGUCAGACAUUACAACUUUGUCCAGUAGGAAGUCAUCUGGUAGGGGUAAUCUGAAAAAAUCUUCAUCACUGGGUUCUUCUGAAUCAUCAGUGGGCAAGGAGGCAAAGAAGAGGUUGUCUGAGAGGUGGAAGAUGAGUCAAUAUUAUCAAGACGUCGAAGUGGCUUGCAAGAGUAGUACACUUGGUGAAAUGCUUUCUUUACCUGAUGGGGGAACGGAACGCGAUUGUUGUGAUAAUACUAUGGUGCAUGUUGAAGAAGCCAUUAGCAAAUCUGGUGGCAGGAAAGGAACUACCGAAUGGGAUUUCCCGUUAGGUAUUAGUAGCAGGGAUGGUUGGAAGGAUUUAUGUAUUAAUGAUUCAUCAGGAUGCAGAUCAACUUCUCCAUCUUUUUGCAGCAAAAAGCAUAGAACCAGAGCACGGCGGGAAGUUUUUUCUAAUAAGCAAUACUCAAUUUUCAAAGAGCCUGUAGAUAGGGAACAGUCUGUAACUCAUCGCAGAAGUAGGUCAUUGGAUGGUAUGCUUAAUUUGAGAGAUGAAUUCUUAUCCAAAGACUCUAGGUCCAGCCAGAAGAAAGUGCAUUCCAGUCGUCUUGGCAGUGACUCGUCGCCAAAAGGCAAGCUAUGCCAGAGAAUCGAUAUGAGCCUAGGGGAGAACCUAGACCUGCAUUCUGGUCGUCCUGGCAGUGACUCCUCGCCAAAAGGCAAGCUAUGCCAGAGAGUCGAUAUGAGCCUAGGAGAGAACCUAGACAAGCUCCUUUCUGAGAUGUUGCUUUUAGUUUCUCAAGUGCCUUCUGCAGAUGGGGUGAGGAAUAUUAAUGCUUCAGAUGAUGCCGAAACCGAGAGUAUUACCCUGGCUUCGGAAUAUUCUGUUGAGAUGCUCCCGAAGCUCCCUUCAGAAUGCGUCACUGCUUCUCCUCUUAACCAACAGGUCUCAAUUCUACAGGACUCACUUCCGGAACCAUCACCUGCAGCAGCUUCUGUUGUUUUGGAGUAUCCUGUACCUGAACCUGAGUCGUCAGUAAGCUCCAAGGAGGCUGAUCAUCCUAGUCCACUUUCUGUUCUGGAGGUUCCUUUUACAGAAGAUGCGUCUUCUGGUUCAGAAUGCUUUGAGAGAGUCAGUGCUGGACUUGAUGGGCUUCGGAUGCAAUUGAAGCUCCUCAAGAUGGAGUCAGAGGUUUAUGUUGAUGUAGUAGCAAGUGAUGACGAGGUUGAAUCCUUUGAAGAUAAUUGUAGUUUAAGGUCCCAGAGCUGGCAAUCUUUUUACAUACUGGAUGUGCUAACUGAUUCUGGGUUGAAGACAUCCGAUCCUGAUGCAUUCCUAAUAUCUUGCCACUCUCUGGAGUGUCCUUUGAGUCCCUGGAUUUUCAACAAUCUUGAGAAGAAGUACACCGAUGAAACAACUGGAUCGAGGUAUGAAAGGAAGCUACUGUUUGACCGUAUAAACUUGGGCCUAGUGGAGAUUCUUAGGAAGUACGUCGAUCCCUGUCCCUGGGUGAAGCCAAUUGAGGGUAUUAACUGGAAGUGGCAGACGUAUGGGAUGAAAAACAUUCUGCAUCAACUGCUGAAAAGCCAUGAAGACCCUGCAAACAAGGACACACACGCUAAUAUUGUGGAAGAUAUGCAUUGGCUAGAACUCAAGGAAGAGGUGGAUCUGAUAGGUAAGGACAUUGAGAAAUCGUUGAUAGAGGACCUCAUAGAAGAACUUGUAGCUAUGUAGGUGCAAUCUAGGUCGUAGUUUCAUACUUGAUGAUAACAAAACAUCGAAGGGUUUAGGAGAUAUAACUAAUAAAAUACAAAUGUUGCAUCAGCCUAGUAUUAACUGUAGUAUAGCUCGAUAACAUGAAAAUGCCAGUAUCCGAGCUUUACAUGAAGUACAAGCAUGCUGAAGUUGAAUUCUGCAAGUACAGCAAAAAGCAUAAGCUUGUUGAAGUACAAUUUGAAUCUGUUUUUCCUUGUA